AUGCGCCGCAGCGGCGCCGGCCGGCGGGGCCGCAGCAGUGCGCAUGCGCCGGGGCCGCUGCGGUGCGGGCUGCGAGGGGCGGCGUCGCUUCUUUGUAAGGUCAAGUAUCUAGGCUUCAAGAACCUGAGAUAUGCUGUAAAGGAAACUGAUCAAAGAGAGUGGUUUCCACUGCACGAGGUUGCAGUUUGGCCAAUUCCACAAGUAUUUGAAGUCACUUUAGAUGCAUCUUAUGAAUCAAUGUGGCAAUAAAAAACAUGCAAUGAAACAGCACUAACUUUGUCAGCAAAAACUGGCUUUGUGGAAAAGGUGCAAAUGAUCCUGGAAAAGGGUGUUUAUCCCAAUACCAUAAAUUACAAGGAAAAAUAUUGGUCAUCAAUGCAAGAAGCUGCAAAACAGAGAUGCAAAGACAUUGUUGACAUUCUGAAGAAUUAUGGAGAUGUGAACAUUAAGGACAAAUAUUGAGUAACACCAUUAGAGGUUACAGCUGAAUGUGGUUACUGUGAUGUGCUGGAGCAUUUUAAUCAUAACGGAGAUGUCAAGGCCUUAGCAGAUGAUCGUGUAUCAGUAUUGUUUCAAGCAGCUGGAGGAUGUAGUCUAGACUGCAUAGGUCUGCAUUUGAAAUAUGGAGGAAGUGGCAAUGUGCCUGGUGAGGCAAAACUGCUUCCCAUACACAAAGUGGCUUAUGAGGGGCAUUACCUGAAGUAUCUCAUUGCAACCACAUCCCAAACUUUAAUCCAGAAAAGUGGGUCAAGCACUGUUAAUUCUGCUGUAGACAGCCAGAACCAGUGUCUAGAGUUUGUCAUUGAAAAGAGUUUGGAUGUCAACACUCUCUUAUCUGAAGACAUAACUUCAAAUACUUAUGAUGACAGAAGAGACACUGCACUUUUUUGUGCUGUUUCUAAUAAUGAGAUUCUUUGCACCAAAAUAUUGUUCAAAGCAGGAACAAAUCCAAACAAGGAUCCUUUAAACUGUCUCGUAGCAGUGAGAGCUGACAGCCAUGGAAUUGUAAAGCUAUUCCUAUCUUAUGGAGCAGAUGUCAACUGCUAAUUUUGCCGCUUAAUGACACGAUUUCCUCGGUGCAUUUGGUAUUCUUUGAAUGGUGACAUGAUGCUGAGGCUGAUGCUCAGUCAUGGAUAUAAUGUGGAGAUGUGUUUGGACUUUAUGUGUCAGGAUAUCUUUGGAAAUUCUUUUCUGUGGCUGGCUUCAGAGCUCAAGCCUAUUCCCAGUUGGACUAGUUCUUCAAUAAAUAAUAAUCAAUACUGUGAGUUUAUUGCUGUUCCGUGAUUGAGAUAUUUAGCUGGAAAAGUGGCUUGUGUUUUUUGAAGCUACACAGAUUAUAUGCCUCGAAGCACAAGAAUUCAAUUUUUCACAGAAACACAGAAAAAAUGAAUAGAGAUACCAUAGACUGGACAAAUAUCUAACUUCCAAUUAAUAAUGUUAUGAUUUAUUAUAGGAAAUUUUAAUUGCUUAUGUCAGGUCACAUUCAUCCAAAGUGUUCUAGCAUACCUUGUACAUUAAAGAUCAUAGUCUUAUGUAAAAUUCUUCAAACAUCUAAAUUAUUAUUAUUUUUAGGUAUUUUUGCAAACUGUCUGCUCCCUUUGAUGUGUGUAUGUUUCAAAGCUUAGCAAAAUUUAAGGGACUUUAGGUGGGCUCUUUUAAACAAAGAGUAGAUUUUGAUGGACAAACCAUCCUCUUGGUUAACUAUUGUAACUUUAAUUUUGGUUGCUUCAGAGUUUUGGCAGAUCAGUUCUUGAAAAGACUCACCCUCAGUCAUGCUGUCAUGCACUGCACAGUAUGUUUCUGCACAUCUAGAGAAAAAAAAUCUGACAGAAUAAAUUUUAAGAUAUUUAAU